GUAAAAGCUAUUUGUAGGAACCCCAAAGAUUAUGAGAAGAAAUCAUCCAAAGAUGUUUUGAAGAUGCAGAGAAAUCCAGACUCGUCUCUAAAUCCAUUCCAAGAAGCUAGAGAAUAUCAAAGAGCUCUUACUGCUGCUAUGGUAGAAAAAUAUUAUCUAAGCCUUUCCUUGCUGCUUUAGACACCCAUACAGACGGAAUCACCACUAUGGCUAAGAACUUAAACUCCAUGGUUGAUUUCAUUACAGGAGAUCAUGAAGGUAUAAUCUGAAUGUGGAAUCUCUACUCAAAGACGGAGUAUCAUAUUAUAAGUGGUCACCUGAAUUCUAUUAGAGGUCUUACAUAACCUAACCCAGCAGCAGUAAAUUUGACAGACACUCUAUUUUUGUCAAGUGGAGAUGACUAAUUUGUUAAAAUUUGAUCUUUGAGCAACUGAAACAAACAGAAAGAGAACCAAAAGAAAGAAAUAUUGUUACAUACAAACCUAAAGCUCAAUAUAUGAGUAAAUCAAUCUUGUUUAAUGUGGACCACAACUAUGAAGAGCUUAAAUUUGCCACUUCUGAGUCAAUAGUUCAAGUCUGGGAUUAUGAAAGAUCUGAGCCAAUAAGUAAAUUUGAUUGGGGAAUGGAUGCAGUAAAUAAGCUUAAGUGGAAUCUCUCUGAAACAAAUUUAAUAUUAGAAUCUGCUUCGGAUGGAAAUAUCUGUCUUUAUGAUAUCAGAGAGAAUACUCCAUUAAAAAGACUUUUCUUAAAGAACAAAUCAAGUUGUUUGACUUGGAAUCCAUACGAGCCAAUAAAUUUUGUUGUUGGGAAUGAAGACUCUAACUGAUACACAUUUGAUAUGAGAAAAUUAGAUGAAGCCAAAAUGAUCCAUAAAGAUCACACAAAUGCCAUUCAUCUCAAUUGACUUCUCGCCAACAGGGAAAGAAUUCUAAUUUUUGGGUACAACAAUGGAAGAUCAAGAGAAGUCUAUCAUACCAAGAGAAUGCAGCAAGUUAAUGCAAUUGCUUACUCAAUGGAUAGUAAAUUUAUAAUCUCUGGAAGUGAAGACACUAAUGUCAGAAUUUGGAAAUCACAUGCUUCAUAUUCUCUCAAUCCAAUGCUCUCUAAAGAAAAGGAAAAGAUUGCUUACUCAAAUAGGUUAAAAAGAAAUUUGCAUAUAAUAAGGAAAUCAAGAGAAUUCUUCUACACAAGCAUGUGCCUAAAUUGAUUAAGAAGUACCACAACAUUAAGCACAUUCAGCGAGAGAGUAAGAAUAGAAAGGAAGCUAAUAUCCGAGCUAAUAGCAAGCCUGGAGCUCUCCCAUAUAUCCCUGAGCAUAGGAAGAAAGUUGAUGAUGUUGAUGAAUAAUUUAUAUAUAUGUUUCAAUUAG